CCUGAACGAAACUCACUUGAUCUGUUACGUAAUCUGUAUGGCUUUCAAACAUCUGCGGCUGGAACUUGGAAAACAGCCCACUUAACGUCCCUGCUUUAAGAACAGUUGUGCUUUCUCUACUGGGAACAUCCCAGUCUAUCUAUGUUUAAGAUAAUGAGUAAGGCCUGGAGAAAAAUGCUCAAGAAAAUGCAGAAGAUGGCCAAGGAAAGAAACCUCAAAAAGUCCUUUCAAGACAGUCUUGAAGACAUAAAGAAACGAAUGAAAGAGAAAAGGAAUAAAAACUUGGCAGAGCUUGGCAAACGAAAGUCUUUUAUAGUUGCACCAUGCCAAAUAAUCACCAAUACUUCUACUCUGCUAAAAAACUACCAAGACAACAACAAAAUGUUAGUUUUAGCUUUGGAAAAUGAAAAAUCCAAAGUGAGAGAAGCCCAAGACAUAAUCCUACAGCUGAGAAAAGAAUGUUACUACCUCACAUAUCAGUUAUAUGCAUUGAAAGAAAAACUUACUUCACAACAAACAGAAGAACCUGCUCAGAACCAUGAAGUAAGUUCCUCUGGAAUGGACUCCAACAGUGACAGCAACUCCGGGGAUUUAUUUGUGAAGGAUUUACCGCAAGAUCCUCUUCAGGAAGCUCACCUUCCAGAACAAGGAGAAUCAUUCCAAACAGAAGAGCAAGUACUUACUAUUUCUCAAGACAGAUUGGGAUUUGAUUUGGAGUCAAGUGAAGAUAUGUCUACUGAUACUAUCUUACCUAGAACUGUAUCUCUCCGCCGCAAUUUAAAGAGACAUUUUAACAAUCUAUGCCAAUUCAACACCUUGGAUAAUUCUGAAAUCAGUCAUAUGUCAGAGCAAUCUUUUGGACUGGAAACAGUUAGAUUUGUAGAUCCACUAGUACACAUGCACAUAUCUGAAAAUGUGGAACAAAAUGUUUGUCAAUGGAACAAGGAUCAAAUUAACUUAUCACCAAAGCAGGUUCACCCAGGAAGAUCUGCUAAAACAAAAGAAGACAUUUUAGAGUAUAAAUCUGAGCAAACUAAAAAUAAGCAUAGAGAUGCACAAGGAAGAAAAAGAGGAGAGAAGAGAAAAGCUAACAGGAGGAAAAAAGCAAAAUUUGUAUCUAAGUAUAAAGGGAGCAAAAGUAAAAAUAAAAAACCUGUUUCCAAAAAAAUAGAUGAUUUUAUCACUUACAAUGAUGCUUACAAUUUUAAUUCGGAAGAAGGUGUUCAUCUCACUCCUUUCCGACAAAAAAUGAGCAAUGAUUCCAAAAGAGAAGCAAACAGCAAUGUAUCUGAAGUGAGCAGCUGUGGAUCAAGUAGUUCAGGAGAUGAUUCCGAUGACCUGUAUUUGCCCACUUGCAAAUACAGUCCAAGUCUCACCAGCCAAUCAGAUAGGAGCCCAGUCACCAGGCCACGAUCUAAAAGGGCACUAAGAUGUAAGGAUGAAAAAGAGAUGGAGAGUUCUCAGUCAACAAAAACUCCUACCAGUGAAGUACCUGAAACAUACCAGUCACCUCAUUUUAGCCUGAAGGAUAUCACCAAUGUACCCUUGUAUACUGAAGUGAAAAUGAAAAAACUUUCUCUUUCUCCAAAAGAGAAGGAAGAAAGCCCACCAGUGUCUCUGCCUAAGCGUAGGUGCACAGUCAGUGUGAACUAUAAGGAACCCACACUCGCUUCGAAACUAAGAAGAGGGGACCCUUUUACAGAUUUGUGUUUCUUGAAUUCGCCUGUUUUCAAGCAAAGAAAGGAUUCCAGACGCAGUUCUAAAAAAAAAAGUAUGAAGUAACUACAAUGAAGC